AUGGAUCGAUUUUUGUAUCUUCAGAUUCUGGGUUUCUUUAUAGAUUGGAUCAAAGAUGCCGAUGACGGCGAUGAAUUCCGCGAUAGGUUGGAGCGAUUUGAGGCUUCUCGCGAAACUGUCAGGGCAAUCCUGUCUGUCAGCGGGGUUCACCGUAUGACAGAAAUUUUGGCUGAAGCUUGGCAACUUAUGACGGCUAUCAAGAUCCACGGUGCAAACCCAUUGGCUUUGUCUGCUGAUAUUGUGCCCAUUGCAGGCGCUUCUCCGGCAUCUGAACCAACUUUUUUGCACGCCAUUGGCUAUAGCGUACCCUACACAACAAUUUUGGAAGAGGAAACCGCUACCUUGAUGGAUUUCAUUGAUGACCUGGUGGGUGCGGCAGAGGUGCAAGAUUUGGGCGCUGUGAUUCAGUGGCUGAUCGAUUUUCGGCUGAUCAUUGGCACAGCCCACUUUGGAUUGGUGCACCGGGAUUCGAUACUUUGCGCGGCCAUGGCCGGAAAGGUGACCACCAAGCAGCGGAUCACUGCUGAUCCCUCGAUCGGUGUUGCUGAUUUGUUGGAAUGCCUGGAGGGGUGGUUAGAUGAAGAGAAAAACUACAACCUGGACAAGAUGCUCAAACCACCUAAGGAGGCAACCUGGAAGACUGUUGCCGAUCCAGAUUGGCUAAGCAAACUCGCUCCACUAUGGACCCGCUACAUCAAAUUGGCCCCCAAUGGAGUCAUCCCUAGCAAAAAGCACCGGACAAGCAUAGAAAAACUGUGCGAACGUAAAGAGAUCCCAAAGGGAAAACUGAGUACUGAAGCCUUUGCAGAAGACAUGGGCGAAAGAAUUCGCAUUGGCUUAUCACAGCUCAGGGGGAUCAAGGUUUGCCCUCUCGCAAGACAGAGAUGCUUGAGGAAAACAGGACCUGAAGAACAGAAGGUGAUUGAAGGUCUCAUUGCACUGCUGACCGACCUUGAGGAAGUGGACAACCCAUCCACCAAGCCUUCCACUGCCAUCGUCCCAUUUGAGAGAAAAGAUUCACCAGAGUCACUUGAAGCCCAUGAGCCGUCAAGUAGCAAAGGUGUCAAUCCGAUAGAUGUGAUGAUAGAUCCACUGAGUGUCUUUAGUCGAGUGUUGGCUAAGCCAGAUUUCGAUGACCAUGAUGAUGUCCCGCCAUCUUCGAGCAGAGCCUUUGGCAAAACCUUGAAAACGACUGUUUCAAGCCCUUCGAAGUUUGUGGGUUUCCUCGCUGGCGCUGAGUUGGAUCCACAGGAGCUUAGGCUUCUCAAGGCCUGCCAGGCUCAGGAGCCGCUCAACAAAGGGUUCAACAGCCAGUUGCAGAGAGCAAACAAAGCGAUCAAGAAACUGAAGGCUGAAGAAACUGAUGAUGAACAUGAAGAGGAGGAAGACCAGGGCAAGACACUGGGACAGAGCCCCGGAGCCAAGACAACUAAGGUCAAGAGCAAGGCGAAAAAGGGUGGAAAAGGCAGUAGCAAGGGCAAGAAAAAGAAUUGCGCUGCAAAGAAGGAUGGAAAAGCGAAGGUUGAGACCAUGGAACCACAGGAGUCACAGGAUGAGCUUCCGAAGACAGGGACAAAAUCCGAGGAGAAGAAGUCCACCAAGACAGAGAAGCAAGUCAAGCCUGAUGAGGAAAACCCUGGUGAAAGUUCCAAGCUUGAAGAUGUGCCAGAAGGGAAAUCGCAGCCAAAAGAUGUCGCAAAAGAUGAUGAUGAUGAGAAGGAUGUGGCACCACCUGCAAAGAAGAAGAAGAAAGGACUGCUACCAAUCAUGGACGCUGUUGAUGAUGACGGGUAUGGCCCACGCAAUCCAUCUACCCGCCUCUACCUGAAGAAUCUCAGCUUCAAUGUGAAUAAAGCUCAUAUCCUUACAGAGUUACGGCAUCUGGGCUUCAACAACAUCAGCCUGGAUGGUAUCAACAUAGUUCGAAAGGGGCCGGCGCUGGACAUGGUCAGGUUUUGCACCGCUUUUGUCUUUGCUGAAGGGGAGGGUGAGGUGUCUCCAAUGAUGCAGUUGUUGAUGGGCCGAGUGACCGCUCUUCUCGAGCAGAAGCAGAUGGAAAAGGUAGCCGAGAAGGAGGCCGAGUCCCAGGAGAUGGAAGUGGACCCAGGUCAUGACAAUGCGGCCAGCUCGACUCAGGCGAUCGAACAGGAUUUGGAGGAGAAGACGGAGGAAAAGCCCCAAGCAUCUGAGCCAAGUGGACCAGCGGCGAAGAAGACCAAGAAGAAGAGCGGCAAGAAGUGA